AUGAAGCACUUCUCAACCAUCCUAGAAGCACUCAACCAUCAUGCCACAGUGACUCCUGAUAAGGUUGUCUUUACCUGGGUUGACAACCAGUGUAAGGAACAGCGCAAGAUGACUUGCAAGCAAUUGGAGGAUGAAUCCAGUGCUGUGGCGGCUCAUCUCCUCAAGCUGGGAUGCAAAAAGGGGGAACGUGUCAUGGUGGCAUAUCCAUUUGGCCUUGAGUUCUUGGCUGGAAUGUUUGGAGCCAUGAAGAUUGGAGUCAUCCCUUGCUCUAUCUACCCACCAAACCCCAAUCAGCUAAAAACAGAAAUGCCCAAAUUCCGUGGAUUUGCGGAGGAUGCCGGAGCCAAGUAUGCCCUAACCAGUGCAACCUUUGCCACUGCCAUGACUGCAGCCAGCAUCCUCUACAAGACUGGUGUAAAAUGGAUUGGGACUGACAAGCUACCCAUCAAGAAACGCAACCCAAACAAGCCCAAAGACUAUGUGCAAUUUGUAGGAGAACCCCAAGAUAUCUGCUUUAUCCAGUACACCUCUGGCAGUACUGGUCGACCUAAGGGUGUCAUGAUUAGCCACAGCAAUCUAGCAGAAAACAUUCUAGGUAUCAGUGCCAUGUCAGGUACAGAAGUUUUGAGUUCCACAGUCGCAGCUUUGUGGGUUCCACAAUAUCAUGAUAUGGGCCUUGUUGCUGGUUUUAUGUCUUCCCUCUAUGCUGGUAUCCAUCUUGUCAUGGCAUCGCCCCUGGAUUUUGUGGUCAAUCCACUGCUUUGGACUGACAUGGUGGAGAAAUACCAGGCAGACCUUACGUGUGCCCCUAACUUUGCCUAUGCCUUGCUCCUCAAAAGGUUGAAGCAGGCCAAUAGGAAAGCCAACUGGAGUUGUGUAAGGCGUGCCAUGUUUGGGGGUGAACCAGCCCAGAGCCAUGUUGUGGAAGCAGCAGCAAAGACCCUCUCAAUCAAGCCUGAGCAUGUAUACAACAUCUAUGGACUUGCAGAGUCUGUGGUGUUUCUCACAGGUGGCUCUGCAUACCCUAACUCUGAAGGGCUUGUCUGCUGCGGUGGAGUUGACUCCCCAACUCUCAAGCUUCGGAUUGUCAAGGAUGGAAAAGAGGUGGAGGAGGGACAGGUUGGGAGUAUCUGGGCCCAGUCACCACGGGUGGCUGCUGGUUACUAUGGACAACCUGAACUUACUACAUCCACUUUUGCAAAUGUCUUGCCAGGCUAUGAUGGAAGCUGGCUUGACACUGGAGAUUUGGGAAAGGUUGUGGAUGAACAGCUAUACGUCACUGGAAGGGUCAAAGAUGUCAUCAUUAUCAAUGGAAAGAACUACUAUCCAACUGAUGUGGAGCUCUCUAUUGAUGAUGUCUUUGGUGAUGUUAUCCGUCCAGGCAGGACCACUGCCUUCCAGCAUGGGGAGGAGAGUGUUGGAAUCACUGUCGAAGGCCGCAAAGAUUUUGACAAGGCUGCAAAUGAAGAUUUGGCUAUUCAGAUAGCAAACCAUGUCUCCCAAGCACAUGGGCUGCUUGCCUCAGAGGUAGUUGUCCUCAAGCUUGGUGUGACACCCAAGACCACAUCUGGCAAGCUAAAGAGAAGUGAGAUCAGACAGACUACGAUUGCAGGUGAUUGGAAGGCAUCUGAUUUGCUCCUACGAUUCCAACGACAGGCAAACGUAUCACCCCCCAAGAAGAGCUCUUUCCUUGAGCACAGCUUUGCAAUGAGCGGGGUUACAAGCAGUGAGUUCUAUUUGUCAGAAGGAACUCAGCGGGAAAUCAGGAGAAAAUCCAUGACUCUACCAUUUGGAUCUCUUGACAUUGGCAGUGAGCCCGAGCUUGAGGAUGUUGACCUUAGCCAAACAAACGCCCUCCCCAUCAAAGCUGUCAAAGCUGUUCAUGCUGUUGAGUGCAACCCCAGCAAGUUGGAUGAGUGUUUCUCUGAGCUUCAUCUUUCUGCGGUCUCUGGCAUAGAUGAAGCUUGGUCCGCAGCCAUCAAGACAACAGCUACAAUGCAAGCGAUGUGCUCCCAAAUCCUGAAGCAUCUUGAGGACAAGCACCCAACCAUCUGCCAGCUUGCUCACAGUCUCGUUGCUAAUCCAGACUGGAUCUUGAUUGAUGACAGGACAGGUUUCCUUUCUCAACUUGUGCAUCAAAUCUUUGUUCUGGAAUGGGUAACAACCUUCUUGAUGGAUCAUCCUGAGAGCAUUCAAGAGAAGCUGAAAGAUGAUGCCGCAUGGGAGGCUCAGGGCCAGAAUGUUCAGACAGUUCCAGAAGAGCUACAAGAGAUGCUGAACCUCCCAGAGAAAGACCCAUUGUAUGGGAAGUUGCCAUUCUUCCUUUGGAUCAAGAACAGGUCAGUUGGUGCACUCCUGAACCUAGUCCUGAAAAGUUUGGGAUCAGCUGUUGAAGGCCCAAUUAAUGAACAGGUUGCAAGAAUCAAUAAGCUCCUGUGCUUAAACAUGCUAGAGGCUAUUUGGGUUGAGCAAAAAAGUGGACACAAGGAAAAUUCAGAAGUGGGUCGGAGACUUGCUACAAAUCCUGUGGUGACAGCCACAAUCCAAUCCAAGAAGGUUUUGAUGGGGCAUUCAUCCAAUACAAAUGCUAUGAAUAAUCUGUACAUUGAUUGGGAUAUGCACAUUGUGGCCUGGGCUGGAGACAGAAAUUCAUCCUCAAUAUUCUUGUCCAAAUUGCUGCUUCCCUGCAUCAUUGGAGAUGUAAAUGAACACUUCUUCUAUGCAAGGUUAAUUAGUCUGCACCUGACUACACAUGCCAUGGGAAGGAAGCUGAUGUCUAACAAGUUUCAGAAUGAACCAAUCCUGUCUAGAAGAGCGCUACAUUAUUUUGGGAAGCUGAACCUCUCCUGUGCAGAAAAGUUCGGAUACACAACACUGGCACCAGAGAGCAAACAUCAGCUUGCUCUUGAUGAAGAUUAUUGGCUCAAAAAGUUUGACCAGUGGGGGUUGGCAAGCCAGCCAGCAAAGGCAAGCACCACAGACCCCAGGUUGCAUUUUAAUGCAGUUGCUGGAGCUGUGGGCCCAGAUGACUUCUCCACCAGAUAUGCGAACACCAUCACAUCUGUCUUUGGUCAUGCAGUUGAAACAUCAAAAUCAUGGGCUGAGAAUGGACUCACAUCACUCAUGAGUGCUGAGCUGAGGAACCGAGUGGAGGAGGAAUUGCAUAUUGUGAUACCAGUGAACUUUGAGCAACUUUGUGCAACACCAAAAGACCUGUACGAGUUUCUGGUCACAUCUGAGGGGAAGAGGUUUCCCACGCAAACCAUCGAUGAUCACCCAGGCUUUCAAUGGAAUUCAUCCAGAUCCAGGCUGAGCAAGUAUCUUGGGAUUCUUGACGUUUGGGAAUACCUUGCAGGACAUCUUGUUCUAGGAACCAAGUACAUUUGGAUCUUCUACUGGAUUCUUGGUGCUGACUUGGCAUGGUCUGCCAAGAUCGAGUCCUAUAUCCGUGAAUUUGACCUUGUGAAGGUGGGGAGCAACACGAGUAUCGGUCACCCUCUAAAGUGCAGAAAAUUCUCUUGGUCAACAGAAGACAGUCCAAGGAUCACUUUCUGGCCAAUUGUGGUUGGAAAUGACAGCCAAAUCUCUGGUAUGGUGAGCCCACGGGCCACAAUUGGGGAUGGCAGCAAGGUAGCAAAGCUUUCAGCUGUUGAAGAGGGUGCAAUGGUACCUGAUGGCGUCCUUGCCAAGGGCAACCCGGCAUGCAAUGCUGGAUCAUUUAUUCAUCACGAAUCAAGCUUUUUUGAGGAGUCCAUUUUGGAUGUCUUCAAGAUGGUUUGGAUCAUGUUUGAGGCAUACCAUCUUUUUACACUUGCCUUUGUUGUUAGCAUUGUGCUGCAUCAAAUCUUGCCCUCGUGGCGGUAUGGAGGUAUUCUUUAUUGGAUCCUGUUGUUGCCAUUCACUUCCAUCCUGGCACUUUGCUCCAGCUUGGCCUUCAAGUGGCUUCUGAUUGGGAAACGGAACCCAUCAGAUGAGUACGAGGGCUCACUCUACCGCCGUGCAACCAACUGGGCAUGUGACUUCCACUUCCAUGCAGCUGGUUUUGCUCUUGCUCCUUUCUGUGGUGCAUCAAAAGUCUGGAACCUCAUCUUCUUCCUCCAUGGCCUUGACAUUGACUUGGAAUCAUCCAUAAAUGGGCUCUAUGUACAUUUCCAACCAUCAAAGGUUGAUUUUGUAAAGAUCCAAAAGUCUUUUGCCUCAGCCAUCUCUCUAGACUUGAGCAAGCAACAAGGUGGCAAGAUUGAGAUCAUCAACAGCAGUGUUGGUUACAAUUCCAAUCUUCAUUCGGGUGUCAAGAUUAUGCAAUCUGUAAUUCCUUCAAGGUCAGAUGUGUCUGAAAGUGUUUAUGACUUGAACCAAUCAAACCAUGAUGUGUCCAAGCCUAGUAGCAGUACCACACUACACGAGCUGCUGCAGGCUUUGUUGAAUGUGACUCUUUUUGCCUCCAUCAUACCUUCCUACGAGAUUGGCCUUGCGGCUACAACCAGUUCAUCAUCUGGCAUUGCUGCGCUUGGGUUGGUCACAGCUUUUGUACUACAGUGGUUUAUUUGGAUACUCUUGACAAGAGCUGUUGAGGGCAUACUAUACAAGUUGCCAAAGAACACCCACAUCAGUUUUUUUGGAGUAUACAUCAAUGCUGUAUGGGUCUUUCGUGUUGGCAAUUUGUUGGAGAAGGUCCUGUACGGAACUCCAAUGUUUGGCCACUAUGCAAAGUUAAUGGGUGCUCAUCUCAUAGGGGACCUCUGGUACUUUGGUGACGAACUAUAUGAGUAUGGUAAACUACACUUCAAAGGAGGUGUGGUUGUGGACAGUUCCCAUUUGAGUGGACACUAUUUUGAUGGAAAUGGACUGACCUUGCAAGACACCCAUGUCUCUGGCAUUCUGCAUCCAGGAUGCUAUGCCUCUGCAGGAUCAGUAGUAUCUAGAAAGGAAAAUGGCCCGUGGCGAACUUUCUUGAGAAACCUUGACAGCAAGGAGGAUUCAACCAACCCUGAAUUUGAAGUUUAG